UCACAUCCUUCCAAAGUCUCAAGCACAAUGAAGGGGUUGGCAGUGAUCCUCGCGAGCCUCUGUUUCCUGGCGGUUUCGCUCGCCGUUCCCGAUCGGCUUGGUGGGCAUCAUAACCACCCUCCGCAUGCCCACCCGCCACCACCACCCAGGCCUCUUACGUAUGUGCCCCCCACCAAAGCCCCGCCCUACACCACUGCCCCUACCCCAACCUACCGGCCCUACACCACUGCCCCUACCACAACCCACCACCCCUACACCACUGCCCCUCCCCCAACCUACCGGUCCUACACCACUGCCCCCCUCCCCCACCACCGCCCUACACCACUGCCCCUACCCCAAAACCAUCCACGGCCCUACACCACUGCCCCUACCACACAACCUACCGGCUACCAUCUUGUGAGCUGGGAGGAGACAGGAGUCCUGGAGUUUGAGCGAUGCCGGGCCACGGAGUACGCCCUGACGGCUAGCAACAAGCCUCUUUGGUCUUAUUCUAGCAAGAAAGGCGGCCUGAUCCAGGCCCCCCCCUCGACAGAUCCUAAAGUUGACGACCCUGCAAGGCCCCAGACCACAGGCAGCCACCCUGAAGCCAUACAGGCCUCCGGGGUGGCAAAGAAAACCCCGAGACAGGAUGCACUGUCAUGCCUGCUGCCAAGAUGGUGGACAAGCCAGAAACGACAUGUCAGAAUAUGUCUGUCCACUAGAUUGACUCUAGUGAUGGCCCCUCAGGCCAGCACCCCGGCCAGGAAGGUCUCUGAGCACCCCCCUCAAACGGACCCCAAUGACCGAUAG